CAGCAGACAAUAAAGCAGUCACUGGAUGUAAGUACUUCUACGUGUGCAUAUAGCCAUUCAGCUAUUCUUUUGCUAUAAGCACUGCAACAAGAAGCCAAUUCUCUUCUUAUUCAGUUAAACCAGCUGGAUUCUGACUUGAAUAUUUCACAGCUGCACUGUGGUCCCAGGUACUGACAUAUGCACAGAGAAGCAAUAAAAUAAAUUAGACUAUGCAAGGGGAGUCAGAUGAAAGCAAGGACACAGAAGAAGCUAUAGAAAGGACUGGACAAGUGCAGUUGUAUAAUACACCAGAAUGCGUGAGUGCAUCUCCAUUCACAUUGGUCAGGCAGGAGUUCAGAUUGGCAACGCAUGCUGGGAACUCUUCUGUCUGGAACACGGCAUCCAGCCAGAUGGCACCUUCAAGAAUCCGUCCAACAAACCCAAUUAUGAUGACUCCUUUACCACAUUUUUCAGUGAAACAGUCACAGGAAAACAUGUGCCACGAGCUGUCAUGGUGGAUUUGGAACCAACUGUAGUAGAUGAAGUGCGGGCUGGCACUUACCGACAGCUUUUCCAUCCAGAACAGCUGAUCACUGGAAAAGAGGAUGCAGCUAAUAACUAUGCCCGUGGUCACUACACCAUUGGCAAAGAAAGCAUUGACAAGGUGCUUGAUCGUAUUCGUAAACUGACUGAUGCCUGCUCUGGGCUGCAGGGAUUCCUGAUUUUCCACAGCUUUGGUGGGGGCACAGGAUCUGGAUUUACUUCCUUGUUGAUGGAACGGCUCUCCCUGGACUAUGGCAAGAAAUCCAAACUGGAGUUUGCCAUCUAUCCUGCCCCUCAAGUCUCUACUGCUGUAGUGGAGCCCUACAACUCCAUCCUGACCACCCAUACCACCCUGGAGCACUCAGAUUGUGCCUUCAUGGUGGACAAUGAGGCCAUCUAUGACAUCUGCCGCCGCAACCUGGACAUUGAACGCCCCUCUUACACCAACCUUAACCGCCUCAUCAGCCAGAUAGUCUCCUCAAUUACAGCCUCUCUGCGCUUUGACGGGGCCCUCAACGUGGAUCUGACAGAGUUUCAGACCAACCUGGUACCCUACCCACGCAUCCACUUUCCCCUGGUGACCUAUGCACCCAUCAUCUCCUCUGAGAGGGCCUAUCAUGAGCAGCUGUCUGUAGCAGAAAUCACCAGUUCCUGCUUUGAGCCCAACAACCAGAUGGUGAAGUGUGAUCCACGGCAUGGGAAGUACAUGGCCUGCUGCAUGCUGUAUCGGGGUGAUGUGGUCCCCAAAGAUGUCAAUGUAGCUAUUGCUGCGAUCAAGACCAAGAGAACCAUCCAGUUUGUGGACUGGUGUCCCACAGGCUUCAAGGUUGGCAUCAAUUACCAGCCUCCCACUGUGGUUCCUGGAGGAGACCUGGCACAGGUGCAGCGUGCAGUUUGCAUGCUAAGCAACACCACAGCCAUUGCUGAGGCCUGGGCAAGGCUGGACCACAAGUUUGACCUGAUGUAUGCCAAGAGGGCAUUCGUGCACUGGUAUGUUGGUGAAGGCAUGGAGGAAGGGGAGUUUUCAGAGGCCCGAGAGGACUUGGCUGCACUGGAAAAGGACUAUGAGGAAGUGGGAACUGACUCAGUUGAAGAAGAAAAUGAUGGGGAGGAAUUUUAAAAUACACUUUGUCCUUCACUUAGCAUGGAAUUGCCUCUGUGUUUCUGUAUUGCAUGUGUGUACUGUCCUGUCUGGCAACCUAUGUUCAUGUAAAAUGUAGACAAUGAAAAUUAAAGGGCCAGUAAAGGUCUCCUCAAAUCACAGGGAAAUUAUCUUUUGGAAUAUGACCACCUGAGCUGAAUGCAUUAACCCUACUCAGUGCUUAAAGGAAAGCAGUUUAAGUUUCAUUUAUUGUCAAUUCAGCUUGGGAGAAAUGAAUUUCUUAGUCCCACUCAAUUACCAGUUUAACCCACUGCAUCUGUAUUAAAAUCACUAUCAUUCAGCCCCCAGGCUGAGUUAUACAAAUCUGUAAAAUAAUCAUAGGGAAACACUGUAGAUAGAGCAAAUUUGACUUAUCCCUACCUUUUGUUGCUCAGGGUGCUGGGAGAUGUGAAAACAGAUAAAUGAGCCCACCUUUGCUUCACAGUUUGGCUCUUUCCUCAGUCUGUAUGUGAAUGAGUGACCAACACGAGAUGUGUCUGUUCUUUUGUUCUGUGGAACUUUCAUUUCUGAUAGAAAUAUGGAAUUUUGUGCAGUUUUUGGAAAUAUUUGUCCUUUCUUGUGGCAGCAGUUUUUAUUGGGCACAGGAACUCUAAAAUUGUAGCAUAUAAAAGGAGAUUUUCCCCCUUUGUGUUCCUGUGAAAUUGUUGCAAUUUGAUAAUUCCCUGAUGUAUGGAAAAUUGUUUGCACCAUCUUUCAUGAGUUCUGAAGGUCCCAAAGUCUCUUACUCCAUUUGAGCGGUUCUUCUCUCUUCUGCAAUCCUUGCUCCAUCCAGAAACAACUUGUGCUGCCUGUGGCAUCCUUGAUUUAAUGGUGGAUGGUGACAUCUGAAAGUGGACAAUCAAUGCAAUAAUUUAAAUAGGCAAAAUAAUUUGAAUAACGGUGAGCAAAGAUCACAAUGUAUCACAGUAUGUCAGUCAGUUCCAGCCAUUAUUGUCUACGAAAACUCCACAAACUUUUAUCAAAAAGCCUCACCUAUACUCUACCUGUAGUUAAAAGUUCCCGGUGCAACAUUAUCUUACAGGUGUUGUACACUCAGCAUGUUUUACAUAUUUAAUUAUAUAAGUAGUAAUAUACUAAACAUCAUACUUAAGACAUAGUGUCUCAGUUUAGAAAAAUGUCCCUCUUCAGGACAGAUUUCAUCAGGUGCUCUAAGUACACAGGUAAUUAUCAGUGAUGCUAUGGGAACUUAGGAACAUGUUUAAGUGGUUUUCUAAAUAGUACUGUCCUGAACCAGGGUCUAAACCGGUAACAGAAAAUAUUUAAUGUAAAAGCAUCUAAACUAAUGCAAUUGUUGCAAAGCUUAAGUUGUUCCAUUGCUGGCUUUGUGAUUUUAACUGUUAAAUUCCUAUUGUGUAUUCCUGGAAGCAUUCUGCAUUGAAUUUCUUUACUUGGAUUCUUGUUUUGUAAGGAAACAGGAAAAAUAGAUAAAUCGAAAAGAGAAUAUUUGACAAAAAUAUGGCAGCUCAAAGGUUUUCUUAGUUCUUGGAACAUUACAAAAAUAUCUGAUUUUAAACAAAUUUAAUGGCUUUCUUCUGAAAUGUGUGCACUUCUGAAAAAAAUGGAUGACAGUGCAGGAAACACUAAGAGUAAAGGUAAAACUACAGUGAAACCUCUGAAGCAU